AUGAUGGAGUUCAGGCCAGGCUGCAGCUCCUCCCUGCUCUGCAGUGCAGGGCUUCUAUCUGGCACUCCAGGAGCUGGGAAUUUACCACAAACACUGCCUUGGGGAACAGUGUUAGCAGCUGAGAAACUGCAGAAGCAGGCGGCUUCCCAGCGACCUCCAGAUCCAUCAGAAGAAUUAGCAAGUUUAGGCAGUUCCUUCCACUUUCUUCCUGCCCUGAGCACCGAGGCUCCGGCCGCUGGCCUCUCGCCACUUCCCUGGUGCCGUGGCCCCGAAACGGCAGUCCGCGCUCCUGCCCCAGUCCAAGAGUGGGGGGAAAAGCCAGCCUCACUCGGCCUGCCGAAGAGAGAAAAGGAACAGCAAGAAGCAAUUGAACACAUUGAUGAAGUACAAAAUGAAAUAGACAGACUUAAUGAACAAGCCAGUGAGGAAAUUUUGAAAGUAGAACAAAAAUAUAACAAACUCCGCCAGCCAUUUUUUCAGAAGAGGUCAGAAUUGAUCACCAAAAUCCCAAAUUUUGGGCUAACAAAAUUUGUCAACCAUCCACAAGUGUCUGCCCUGCUUGGGGAGUAAGACGAAGAGGCUCUGCUUUACUUGACCAGAGUUGAAGUGACAGAAUUUGAAGACAUUAAAUCAGGUUACAGAAGAGAUUUUUAUUUUGAUGAAAAUCCUUACUUUGAAAAUAAAGUUCUCUCCAAAGAAUUUCAUCUGAAUGAGAGUGGUGACCCGUCAUCAAAGUCCACGGAGAUCAAAUGGAAAUCUGGAAAGGAUUUGACAAAACGCUCAAGUCAAACACAGAAAAAGGCCAGCAGGAAGAGGCAGAGCUUCUUUCCCUGGUUUACUGACCAUUCUGAUGCAGGUACAGAUGAGUUAGGAGAGGUCAUCAAAGACGAUAUUUGGCCAAACCCCUUGCAGUACUAUUUGGUUCCUGAU